AUGCUGCAAGCCGCAAUCCUGUUGGCGUUCCACGGCUUCCUGCGAUGCGCUGAGUUUACUGUAAGCGAUCACGCACCGUUCGACCCGAGAUUUGAUGCUGCCGGUGAUAGUGUGAAAAUCGCGUACCAUGGUGGUAAGCCCGCGUUAGAGUUUGUUGUGAAGCGGUCCAAGACGGACCCGUCUGCCAGAGGCAUGACCCUAUACAUCGGGCCAGCAACGCCACAAUAUUGUCCCGUUGUUGCCAUGGUGGAGUACUCGUCACGCAGUAAGCCGCCGUUGUUGCAGCCCUUGUUCCGGUUUAUGUCAGCGCUGACUCGCCGUCGCUUCACUGCUAAACUGAGAGCCCUCCUGCAGUUGUCCGGGGUGAGUAAUGUGGCUGAAUAUAGUGGCCACUCCUUCAGGAUUGGUGCGGCGACAACGGCUGUUGCAAACGGCGUUCCUUUGUGGAAAAUCCGUGCUAUGGGUAGGUGGCAAAGUGACUGUGUUCUGAGGUACAUUCGCACAGAUCCGUCGGACCUGCUGUCUGUUUCUAUGGCUCUUCACAGUGGGCCUAUUUAA